CGCCAGCGCUACGUGGAGAAGGACGGGAAGUGCAACGUCCAGCACGGCAACGUGCGCGAGACCUACCGCUACCUGACCGACAUCUUCACCACCCUGGUGGACCUCAAGUGGCGCUUCAGCCUCCUCAUCUUCAUCCUGGCCUACGCCCUCACCUGGCUCUUCUUUGGCCUCAUCUGGUGGGUCAUCGCCUACAGCCGCGGCGACCUGGAGCACCUGGGCGACCACAGCUGGACGCCGUGCGUCAACAACCUCAACGGCUUCGUGUCCGCCUUCCUCUUCUCCAUCGAGACCGAGACCACCAUCGGCUACGGCCACCGCGUCAUCACGGACACGUGCCCCGAGGGCAUCGUGCUGCUGCUGCUGCAGGCCAUCCUGGGCUCCAUGGUCAACGCCUUCAUGGUGGGCUGCAUGUUCGUCAAGAUCUCGCAGCCCAACAAGCGCGCCGAGACCUUGGUGUUCUCCUCGCACGCCGUGGUCUCGCUGCGCGACGACCGCCUCUGCCUGAUGUUCCGCGUGGGCGACCUGCGCGACUCGCACAUCGUGGAGGCCUCCAUCCGCGCCAAGCUCAUCCAGUCCAAGCAGACGCAGGAGGGCGAGUUCAUCCCGCUGGACCAGACCGACCUGAGCGUGGGCUUCGAGACGGGCGACGAUCGGCUCUUCCUGGUGUCGCCGCUCAUCAUCAGCCAUGAGAUCGACGAGCGCAGCCCCUUCUGGGAUGUGUCGCGGGGGCAGCUGGAGAGGGACGACUUCGAGAUCGUCGUCAUCCUCGAGGGCAUGGUGGAGGCCACAGGGAUGACGUGCCAGGCUCGCAGCUCGUACCUGGCGGACGAGGUGUUGUGGGGCCACCGCUUCACGCCGCUGCUCAGCCUCGAGGAGGGCUUCUACGAGGUGGACUACGGUGGCUUCCACCACACCGUGCCCGUGCCCACCCCGGCCUGCAGCGCCCGCCAGCUCGCCGCCGCCGCCGCCCGCCGCGAUGCCCACCUCUACUGGUCCAUCCCCAGCCGCCUGGAUGAGGCGGCGGCGGCGGGGGAAGAGGGGGACCCCGAAAUGUCCCCCCGCGAAAGCAACGGGACCUUGGCCAGCCCCGAGUCGCGGUGAUGCCACCAAAAUCUGGGCGCGUGGAAUAGAAAUUCCGCUUCCCUUCCGCCCGUUGUGGUGGUGGUGGUGGGUUUGGGGGUGUCCCCUGGGUUUUUUGGGGUGU